UUUUUUUUUAGUUGUUAUCCAUUCUCUUUGGUUGCUUCUUUCUAGCGAAGAACCUAUCUCCCCCUUUUUUUUUUUACAACUGCAUAGUUCUUUUUCCUUUUAUUCCAUUUACUAGCGUCUUAUUUUUAUUUUCAAACAAACAAAAAAAAAACAACAACAACUGGUAAAUGAUGGUAUCUCCAGCAAACGAACAAGCGAUUCAAGUUGCUGAUCUCCUUAAUAAGAUUAACACUGCUCCUACUUCAGAAGAAGUCGAGCAAGCAGCUCAAGAACUUGCCAAGCUUGUUCAGUCUAAGGGUAUGAUUAUGAUCAAAACUUAUGGUAUUCUUGAUAAACUGGCAGCAUCUACAAAGAACAAAAAGUCUGGUUUAGAACGAGAAGGUGGUCUUAUCGGGUUCAAUGCAAUGGAAGAAGUGAUGAAUCAUGAAGUUGAACCUCUUCUCAUUCAACAUCUUGAAACUUUCCUUGAUCUUUAUUCAGAUAAGGGUGCUGUUGUUCAAGAAGCUGCUCAAGUUGCAUCUCGUACACUUGUAGAUAUGAUUCCACCUGAAGCUACAAAGGCUCUUUUGCCUAUCCUCUUAAAGGGUAUGGGCCAUGGCAGUGGCAAUUCUAAGAAAUGGCAGACAAAGAUCGGCGCUCUUAAAUUAUUACAACGUUUUACUGAAAGAGCCCCUGAGCAAAUUGGUGAAUGUUUACCAGAGAUCAUUCCUGCUGUCUCAGAUUGUCUUGCUGAUACCAAGAAGGAUGUAGCGACCAUUGCUGAAAAGGCCAUGUUAAAGAUUUGUUCAGUCGGUGGUAAUCCUGAUAUUCAUCGUCACUUGAAAGAUCUUGUUCUCUGUAUGGGUGAUCCUACCCGUGUUCCUGAAACCAUUGAAAAGUUGGCUCAAACCACUUUUGUUGCUGAAGUCAAUGGCCCUACUUUGGCUAUCAUGGUUCCCUUAUUGACUCGUGCUCUAAAUGAACGUUCAACCACCGUUUUACGUCAAACAGUUGUCAUUACUAAUAACUUGUGUAAACUCGUUCGUGAUCCUCGUACUGCUGCGCAAUUCUUACCUCAAUUAUAUCCUGGUAUUGAGCGUCAAGCUGAAUCUGCUGCUUUCCCAGAGAUUCGUGUUUUAGCAAAUAAGGCUAAACAGACCUUGAUUGAUGCCGGUGGUGCUCAAGAAAGGACAGAUAGCAAUUCAACUGAAGUUACAAUUGAAGAAUGUACUGCUGCUGUUAAGAAAGCUGCUACUAAAGUACAGGGUUUCCUUGAUUCUUUCUUUAUCUCCUUUGUUUCUUAUCUUGGUACUAUUGCAGCAGAUUUUGCUCGUCAAGAAAUGUUUAUUAAAGAAAAAUGGCUUAAAGUUUUCACACCUUAUCUUAAGGCCUUUAUUAUGAAAUCAGAUAUCCCUCCUCUUGUCGAGAAUGCCUUUAACGAAAUCCAUGAUAUCUUCAAGAAGCGCAACCCAGAAAGUGAUGACUCUGCUAUUGACGAACAAGAGGGCGAAGAGAUUUGUCAUGUUGAAGAUUUUUCGCUCGCUUAUGGUACACGUCUCUUAUUAAGUCAUACAAGACUCAAGUUACAUCGUGGUCAACGUUAUGGUCUCUGUGGUCAAAAUGGUGCUGGUAAGAGUACAUUGUUAAAUGCCAUUCAUGCUGGUAAGGUAGAGGGCUUCCCACCUCAGGAUCAAGUUCGUACUGCCUUGGUUGAUUAUAACUCUCAAGUCGCUGAUUCUUCUCUCAAGAUUGUUGAUUAUGUUGCUGCUGAUGAGCUCUUGAAGAAUUUACCUCGUUCUGAUAUUGAGAAAUCUCUUCGUGAUGUAGGCUUUGAUGAUAAUCGUCUUCAGAUGUCUGCUUCCGCUCUCUCUGGUGGUUGGAAGAUGAAACUUGAACUUGCUCGUGCUCUUUUAUCUAAGGCUGAUAUUCUUUUAUUGGACGAACCUACAAAUCACUUGGAUGUAACAAAUAUCAAAUGGCUUGAGGAUUACUUGAAUGCACAAUCUCAAGUGACCUGUCUUAUUGUUUCUCACGAUUCUGGUUUCUUGGAUAAUGUCUGUACUCAAAUUCUCCAUUACGAAAAGAAAAAGCUUCGUCUAUACCAUGGUAAUCUCUCUGCCUUUGUUAAAGUCUAUCCUGCUGCCCGUACCUAUUAUACACUUGACGCCUCUACUGUUGAAUUCACUUUCCCUAAGCCCUCUGUCUUACAAGGUGUCAGAUCCAAUACGAAGGCUAUCCUCAAGAUGACGGAUUGUACUUAUACCUAUCCUGGUAAUCCAAAGCCUUCACUUUACAACGCUACCGCUUCUCUCUCACUUUCAUCUCGUGUUGCUGUCAUCGGUCCUAACGGUGCUGGUAAAUCUACCAUGAUUAAACUCUUGACAGGUGAACUCGUGCCUCAGACAGGUGUUGUCUGGCGUCAUCCUGCACUUCGCAUUGGUUAUGUUGCACAACACGCUUUCCAUCAUUUGAAUCAACAUCUUGAAAAGACCCCUACAGAUUACUUACAAUGGCGUUAUUCAACAGGUGAAGACAAGGAGGUUGCUGAAAAGGAAACUCGUAUUUGGAGUGAUGAAGAACGAGCUCAGAUGGAGAAAAAGAUCCCUGUCAAUGGAGAAGAAAGACAGAUUGAAGCCUUGUUAGGCCGUACAAAGCUUAAGAAGACAUUCCAAUAUGAAAUCAAAUGGAAGAACAAGCUUCACAAGCAUAAUACUUGGUUCUCUCGUGAAAAAUUACUCGAAUUGGGUUUCCAAAAGUUGGUUCAACAAUUUGAUGAUAAGGAAGCAUCACGUGAAGGUUUAUUAUAUCGUGAAUUAAAUAUGCCUACUAUUCGUCAACACUUUGCUGAUAUCGGUCUUGAUCCUGAUAUUGCUCAAUAUACAAAGAUGAGUGCACUCUCUGGUGGACAAAAAGUCAAGGUUGUGAUUGCUGCAGCCAUGUGGAAUAAUUGUCACAUGUUGGUGCUUGAUGAACCUACCAAUUUCUUAGAUCGUGAAGCCCUUGGUGGUCUUGCUACAGCUAUCAAGAAGUGGGAAGGUGCUGUCAUCAUGAUUUCUCACAGUGAAGAGUUUGUUAGUGCCUUGUGUCCUGAAUCCUGGACAUUGGUUGAUGGUAAACUUCAAAAGAAGGGUGUUUCUGCUGUUGAUGAUGAAACCAACAUUGAUGAAGAGAAAGUAAAAGCAAAGAUCUCCAAGAAGAAGAGAUUGACUAGAAAUGAGCUUAAAGCACGAGAAGAACGUAGACGUGCACGUCAUCUUAAAUGGUUAAUUGAAGGCGGUACUAAAGAACCUGAUACUGAAAGUGAUUAAUUUCGUAUAUAAUAUAAAAAAAAAUAUACACAUCAUUUAUUUUAUUUUCCUUUUCAUAAAUACAUUACAUGCUUAUAGAAUAAUGUCAUUUUGUUUUUGUCUUCAUUCCCAACUCCUUUUUUUUUUUUUUCACUAAAUAAUUAGUUUUUGAUUUAUAAUACUUUAAUAAAAAUGCACCUUUUUUUUAAAAAAAAA